UCGCUUUCGAUACGUGUUACAUAAUAAGUGUGCUUGCUGCUCGGAUCGGCGUGGCGAAAGCGGUUGUUUAUGUAUGUAGUUUAACGUGGUGUAGCGUGUUUAUAUUUUCACAUCUCGGCCUGUUACAUUUUCCACCGUUGUCGUCGGUGUUAUCAGGUGGUUACCGACGCGGCGCGGCGCGGCGCGUCUAUUUCUAGAUACUUUAGUUUGUGCUUUCGUGAAGUUGGUGUUUCUGUUCUGUUUUUAUUUUUGGUUUAACUUUAAUUUAUGUCCUCAGCAGGAGGCGAUCGCGACCCCUCUUUAACAUACGGUUGUUCGAUGAAUACAAUUACAUCGGUGGGACUGAGGCAGUGAAGGGGUUAUUUGGAUAAGUUUGGUGUCCCGUUCUUCAAUGGAUCAACAAUGAAAAAACGCGAAAUGGAAAAGAGAAGUUAAAUGCUGUUAUCUUGUUCUGGAUUGCCGUUCUACCGCAGUUGGUAAUAAAGCAGUUUGACUUAUCACCCGAUUGUUUUUGGCAGCCGCAGAUUACAACAAUUUCUGGAAACGUAGAACCAGAUACGGGAAUUUCCACCAGUUGUAAUUAAAUGUUUAUUGGGUGUAACACGUAAUGGCACGUGCUGGCAUGGCUCUUCACCGUCGAGGAGGUACAAACCACGGGAACAUCGACGGAGCAGACGACGUUCAAAGAUCAAUUGAGCUUUUGGAUCGUGUGCUUUCCGAAUUCGAUGAUGUGGAAAAUGCCAAUCAAAUCCAAAAUGUUUCGGCCCAUGCAAAUCCAGGCUGCAAUGAACCGGGGAACGUGUCGUCAACUCCAGAUGACGAAAGUCCAUCAUUAGGUCAUCAGUCAGAAGACGAUGGUUAUAUGAGCAUGAACGGACGGAAAGCGAAAUUUUCUCUCGCCUUCAAGCCGUUAACAGAAGUUCCUGCACAUCAAGAAAACUCCAUGCCACCUGGAGACCUGAAUGAUUUCCCACCUCCACCGGAGGAAGCCGAAAGAUUAAUUUCCACCUUGCUUCCAAAGGUCUCUCCUGUUAAAAAAAUUGGUAGCAAUGCCAGGGCUUUCCCUCUCACUCAAAUUUUCCCAAGGAGUGAGAACACAAUUCCUCCUCCCCGAUCGUUUCAAAACUGCAAGAUUUCAUCCAGUGACAGUAGUACUUCUUCAGAAUCGAAACAUAUCGCCACGCAAACGACACUGCCAAAAACCCGUCACCAACGACCUUACGGUUGGGAAAGAGCAAACAACUCUUCCAGAAGUCCUCAACCGCCUCCAACGGGUUGCCGUUACGGCAGCUUACCGUUUUCUCAUGGUGUUUACGCCGUGUCUUCGCCUACCAGAGUUCCUCCACGAACCGUGCCUACAGCUAUCGAACGUCACAGGGAGGUCCGUCGUCACGGUAGCGAAGAUAACCUCUCGAGUGACAUGGACGAAUCCGCACUGCGACCGUUGAGUGAACUUGCCGACGACGAACGAUUCUCCGACGAUUCCCUCGAGGAAACGUUACCGCCACCUCCGACUUAUACAAACAAACGUAGCAGUAUAGCAUGGGAAGUGCCAUUGGACGAUGAAAGUCUUAUGACACCAGGAAGUACAAAAGUUGUGGGCAGAAGGAGACGAAAAUCUGGUUCACAUUCCAGCACGAGCUCAAUACCUAGCCGAUUGAAAGAACUAGACGAUUGGCCCGACCCUCCUCCGUACAGUACCGAAGAAGAAAUGGCUUCACCGUUUUCUGACUCUGACGACCACAUAGCACUACCUCCAGAACUGAACAGCGGUAACUUAAGUGGAACUAGCACAUAUAUCAUUAGACGAGGCAAAAAAGACAGAAAAUCCCUCACCAACGUUAACAGCAGUCUUAAUUCUAAUUCAUCUCUGAACUCGAGAUUAAGCUCGGACCUCAGUAUUCCAGCAUCUAGAUUUAGUGUUGACUUGAACGCUCGGCUAAGUAGAGAAUUAAGCACUCCAAACUCGAGAUACAGCAUAGAUCUUAGUACACCUCAUUCGCGACUCAGUUCGCCUAAAUCUAGACUGAGUUUGGAUUUGAACAACUCCAGGCCUCCGAGUCAAGAAUACGCAAGUUCCUGUUCCCGAUUGAGCGCUGAACCUCCGAAUUCUCGAUCCAGCACUCCUAUCAGUCGACACGGAAACGACUUCAAGAAACACAGCACUACUUUUGAUAACAUUAAGUCGUUUAUAAAGGAAAGCACGGUGGAAACUUGCACGGAACCCACGGUCGAAACCGCAGCGGAAUUUCUGUCACCUACGUCGCCAAUAGUUCGAGUUGUUUCGUUGCCCAGUUUGAAUGCUGAAGAAGGUACUCCAAAAAGAGAACUUGCCGUUACGGUGGAAGAAGAAGAAGACGUCGAAAGUUCGAACAAGUCGAGUACUGAAGUGUCACCCCUCAGGAAAAUUGAACAAAAUAUUAGCGAACUAUUAGAACGUCGAGACAUACAAGUAUCGAGCAUUGUACAGGACGAUAAGUACAUAAUUCAACUUAACGGUGUCCCUGCCGACAAAAAAUCCAGUGACAACAGCCUGAGGCGUGCCAAUGACAAUCAAAAUCAUAGCAAUUACAAUGAGGAGUACUACCGAAAGUUGUUAAUAGAAAGCGGUAAUGUGCAACAUUAUCCAAAACGAAGCAUUCAAAAGUCUGAAAGUGCUAAAGAGAUGUUAAUAGCCCACAAAGAAAAGACUUCUUAUCCGUUGAAGAACUCGUCGUCGGUAGACUUUUCGCCCAGAAACGAUUCUUUCCAGCACGAUUUUCCACCACUUCCGCCGUCACCCGUUGAGGAAGACGACGACGAAUACUCAGAGAUAGUUCAACCGUUUAAAAAUAAGCAAAAAUCUGAAACUUUACCUUCCAGUUCUGAACCACCGGCAGUGCCUCCACACAGAGACCAAAGUUCAAACAGUUUGAAAACGCGUUCGAUGGACGCUGGAUUUAGCAGAGGAAGACGGAAUUACUCAUCGAAUACGUCCAACAGGAACUUCCUUCCAGAAAGACGCACACUGCCGACUGAAAUGCAAGGCACUAAGAGGAAGACCUAUCAGAAGAGAUCUUCGCACAGUCCACAAGAAGAACAUCAUUUGCAAACUUCCUGUAGUCUACCUGAGACCCCUAUUUUCGCAAGAGGGUGUGAUAUUCCAAGGACGCCGCAUAGGAAGGCGCCUGAUAUUCCUCCACAUAGCGGAAGACUUGCUCCCAGACAGAGUAGCACCAUGGGUAGUUUAAGUACCAUCGGUAACAUGUCCACUGGAGGGUACAAGCGUAACUCUAGUCUUGAACAAGCCAUAGUAGGGGCGGAACUAUUACGAUUAGCUGGAGGACCAGGAAGAGGUUGGUACCCAAAACAGAGGGCGAACAGACCAGCAUCGAUUGAACAUUUGGAUCGUUUAGCACCUGGACAUAAUCCGUGGGAUUCCAACCGAAAACCACUGACGCUUCCACCUAAUCUCACUCCCAAGUUUUUCCAAAGAUCACCCAGGGAUGCCCUUAGGAGAGUGACGAGCUUAUUAAUUAAAAAAGGAAACGCCGGAAAAGAAUCGAAAAAAGAGAAGGAUCUUACGAAUAUGAAGUUACACGAAUCAGCAAGUGUGGAAGAGGGCCAAAAGAAGAAAGGAUUUUUCCGAAGUUUCUGGAAGAAGUCCCGACACUACUCCCUCGAAGAAAAUCGCUAGCAAACAUGAAAAGAUGAAGAUGGCACUAAUUCAAUUCAGGGUUUCCCCGUGAAACAAAAGGUAAAUCGGACUUCUAGACACUCGCUUUUGUAGCAAACGGUAAUGUUAUUUAUUCAGAUUGCAUGUUCGAGUAUGAUUGAUUCCCAAUGUGGUUGUAACACUGAUGAUACCUAUUUAAAUACACGUAAGAGAUAACUAUAAAAUACGAGAGAUCAGGGUUCUUUGGAAAAGGAAAAAAAAA